AAGUUUUGAACAAAAAAAAAAAAAAAAGAAUGGCGGCAUUGUUGGGCGACCAGAUGAAGGGUCACUUGGUCAAUCCUUACGCGACGGCAGCCGUUGCUUCGAUGGACUACCACAAAAGCUAUCAGCAUUUGCUCCACUUGUCUGGUCACGAUUUGAUGAAUCACCAUCAUCAACAGCAGCAGCAAAUUUUGCAACAACAGCAGCACGCAGAAAAUGCUGCCUCUGUUUCGUCGUCGCCACCAGUCAAUGUCUCCGUCCGGUCAGACACCCCAAACGACAAUGCCAACAAUGGCGAUGGCAAGAUCUUUGGCUCCAAGGCAGACCUGCAGCUCCACACGCAGAUCCACAUGCGCGAGGCCAAGCCGUACAAAUGCACGCAGUGCUCCAAGUCGUUCGCCAACAGCUCGUACCUGUCGCAGCACUCGCGCAUCCACCUGGGCAUCAAGCCGUACCGCUGCGAGAUUUGCCAGCGCAAGUUCACCCAGCUGAGUCACCUGCAGCAGCACAUCCGCACGCACACGGGCGACAAGCCCUACAAGUGCCGACAUCCCCACUGCACCAAGGCCUUCUCUCAGCUCAGCAACCUGCAGUCGCACUCGCGAUGCCACCAGACGGACAAGCCCUACAAGUGCAACUCGUGCUACAAGUGCUUCCAGGACGAAACGGCCCUCCUAGAACACAUUCCUAAGCACAAGGAGUCGAAACAUCUCAAGACGCACAUCUGCAACUUUUGCGGAAAGUCAUACACUCAAGAAACUUAUUUGGCUAAACACAUGCAAAAGCAUACGGAACGGCCGGAGAAGAGGUCGAGGGGAGGUGCGGCAGCGGCGGCGGCGGCGGCAGCAGCUUCGGCCAAUGCCGCCGAUUCCAAUUACUGGAACAAAUCGGCUGAGGCCAACGGACUGGAACCUGGAACCGUCAUGAAUCACUCUAGUGGUCACGAGCGGAACGACGACUGCGUCCACAAUGGCCAACAGCAGCAGCAGCAACAACAACAACUCCAACAGCAGCAUGAACACCGUUUGCACGACGACCGUCUGGCACAACAAAUUCAUCCGCACCAAAUUGGAGGCGGCGUGGGGAGCGGCUACGACAGUUCCAAGACGUCAUCAUCGUCCAUUUCUGCCUUCACGCCCAUUCAGAGUGCGGGAGGAAUGCUCGGCGGAGGUGGCGGCGCCGGUCAAAUGGGCGGAGGGGGAGUCCAGUCAGCUGUGGCGGCAGCAGCAGCGGCCGCCGCCGCAGCCGCCGCCGCCUCUCGCUCCUAUUUCUCGUACGAUCCUCUUGGAGCGUUCGCCAAAACGGCCCAACAGCCGCCGUCGUCGUCGUCGUCGACGCCGUCCUCCUCCACGUCGCAGAUGGGCGGAGGCGCCAUGAUGACGAUGGAGUCGAUGAAAUCGGCCAACGCCUUCAACAACCAGCUGAUCUCCUUGCACCAGAUCAAGAACUACGCCCAUCACGCGCAUCAUCCACACCAUCCGGCCGUGGCGGCAGCAGCAGCCGCUAAUUUGAUGUCGUCCGGCAAAGAUUUUGAUUUCGGUUUGGGCAGUAAAGACAAAGGUGGUCAGUAGAAUGUUUUAGAAAUU